AUGAUUGAUCCCGUCUAUCUCAACGUCCUACGCCAGAUCCACGCACGGCUGUCCAACACAGAUGUGAAUUGGGUCGUUACAGGGAGUCUCGGUUUCGUACUUCAGGGUGUCCCUGUCCGACCCAAUGAUAUUGACAUCCAAACCGACAAAGCAGGUGCUUAUGCAAUUGAAAGCCUAUUUUCAGAUGUGGUAAUCAGGAAAGUCAAGUUUUCCGCUACAGAGUGGAUUAGAUCCCACUUUGGUGCAUUGCAAAUUGACGGCAUCGAGGUGGAGAUUAUGGGAGACAUUCAGAAAAUAGGUGCGGAUGGCGUCUGGGAGGAGAUUGUAGAUCCGGCACAUUAUCGGCAGAUGGUAGAGAUUGCCGGACUGCUUGUGCCGGUCCUAUCGUUAGAAUACGAGUACCAAGCCUAUCUAAAGUUCGGAAGGAUUGAGCAGGCGAAAAUGUUAAGGAGAUGGCUGGACAGUGGAUAA